CAGCAAGUCAUACAAACAGCAGCUGUUAUCGCGUGUGUUAUCGCGGACAGCAGGCGGACGUGUCAACCAAAUUUGUAUAGUGAAGAUCAAUAAAAAAAAAAGUAUGCAAAUGGACAUUGAUCCUUGGUGAUUCGUAUAAAGAACCUUAUCGCGUUUCGGACUGUGUCAAAGAUCGAAUUACCAUUCGGAUAUAUCGGUGAUAACGUGUCGGAACGCGAUACGUAGGAUCUAUAGAUUCCUCGAUGCUGUAUUUUUUCAUAAGUUUUCCAUUGAAAAAAGAUAAUCGUUACCGAUGUCUUCGUCUGAAAUAGUGCAUCGCGAAGGUAGCAAGCUAUGCUAAUCAAGAUUGUUAACGAGCUCGUCGAUAACGGUUUGUGAGGUUAUGUUUUCAUUGGAGCAGUGAUUUGUCAGGUUCCUGCUAAAAAGCACGUGGAGGACUCCAUUUCCGCGCAUGUCAUUCAAAGAAUGCGCGGCUAAUAGAUCGAUACGCAAACACGCCAAGAAUAUCCCUGAUAUCCAGGUUGAACCACCGAGAAAUCGUAGGACUGUAAUUAUUGUCGCCAACAAAGGAGUUCAUUUUCGGCUAGAGAAAGAUGGGUCGCACGGUGACGGUGGCGGUGUGCACCCUGAACCAAUGGGCGAUGGACUUCGAUGGGAACUCCAGGAGGAUCUUGCAAAGCAUCCAGGAAGCCAAGGACGCUGGCGUCACUUACAGAAGCGGCCCUGAGCUGGAGAUUUGCGGUUACAGCUGCGAGGACCACUUCUACGAACCAGACACCCUGCUCCACAGCUGGGAAGUCCUGGCGACGAUCCUGAAGUCGCCCGUGGCUGAGGGCAUGCUGAUAGAUGUCGGGAUGCCCGUCAUGCACAAGAACGUCACCUACAACUGCAGAGUGGCGUUUCUCAACCGACGUAUUCUACUCAUCAGGCCAAAGAUGCAGAUGUGCGACGACGGGAAUUACAGAGAAUCCAGAUGGUUCACCGCCUGGACCAAGGAACGGACGGUAGAGGAUUACUUCCUGCCGAAAAUGAUCUCUCAGAUAACUGGACAGACAGUGGUACCGUUCGGGGACGCUGUUAUUUCGACCAGGGACACGUGCGUGGGCUUCGAGAUAUGCGAGGAGCUCUGGAAUCCUAUGAGCAAUCACAUUCCCAUGUGCUUGGACGGCGUGGAAAUUAUCGCUAAUGGUAGCGGCUCCUACUUCGAGCUUCGCAAGGGAUACGUAACAGUGGACCUCGUGAAAUCAGCCACCUUCAAAUCAGGCGGUUGUUACAUGUUCAGCAAUUUACGGGGAUGCGACGGUUCCAGACUUUAUUUCAACGGGGGCUCCUCCGUCACCUUAAACGGUCAGAUCUUGAAUCGUGGCAAGCAGUUCGCCCUCAAUGAUGUGGAGGUCGUGGUCGCCACGUUCGAUCUGGAAGACAUAAGGAGCUACAGGAACAACAUAAGAUCCCGAUCUCGCACCGCCGCUAAGUCGUCCAGUUAUCCACGAGUCAAAGUAGACUUUGCGCUCACUUCUGAGAAUUUGAUUUCGAUCCCACCUGAUCGACCAAUAGACGUUGACUUGGGUCCUUACGAAGACGAACACCCAACCGGCAAGCUCAUUUAUCACACUCCGGUAGAGGAGAUCUCCAUGGCGCCUGCUUGCUGGCUCUGGGACUACCUCAGGCGAUCCUGCCAAGGUGGAUUCUUCUUACCCUUAAGCGGUGGAGUCGACUCCGCUUCGUCAGCGUGCAUAGUGUACUCCAUGUGCGACAUGAUCGUGGAAUCAGUGAACAAAGGAGACGCGCAGGUCCUGUCAGACAUCAGAAAGAUAGUCGGUGACGGCAGCUACGUACCGACAGACCCUAAGCAACUGUGCUACACCAUCCUCGUCACGUGCUACAUGGGCACCGAGAACUCCUCCGCCGAGACUAAGGCACGAGCUGCCGAGCUGGCCAGUCAGAUUGGCUCUUACCAUCACAGUAUAGUGAUCGACGUGGCUGUUUCUGCUAUCUUGACCAUCUUUCAGCAGGUUACCAAGCUGACGCCACGGUUCAAGGUGCAGGGAGGAUCUCCCAGGGAGAGUUUAGCGUUGCAGAAUAUACAAGCACGUUUGAGGAUGGUGAUCGCUUAUCUGUUCGCCCAACUGAUGCUAUGGGUCAGAGGACGACCUGGUGGUCUUCUCGUGUUGGGGAGCAGUAACGUUGACGAAGCCCUUCGUGGAUACUUUACUAAAUACGAUUGCAGCAGCGCCGAUAUAAAUCCCAUAGGGGGAAUUGCAAAGAAUGAUUUGAAGUCGUUCCUCGCUUAUUUCAGGAGGAAACAUGGACUAUCCGCUUUGGAUGGAAUUCUGGACGCACCGCCGACCGCGGAACUGGAGCCUCUUCAAGCAGGCCAGCUCUCGCAGUUGGACGAGGUAGACAUGGGUAUGACGUACAAGGAACUCGGCACCUUUGGUCGUUUAAGGAAACAAGAGUGCGCUGGCCCUUUCAUGAUGUUCUGCAGACUCGUCCAUAUGUGGGAGAAAUGUUCACCGAAAGAAGUGGCAGACAAAGUGAAACACUUUUACAGAUGGUACGCGAUAAAUAGACACAAGAUGACCAUCCUGACGCCGUCCUGUCACGCGGAGACUUACAGUCCUGACGACAACAGAUUCGAUCAUCGGCCCUUCCUCUACAAUCACACGUGGAAGUGGCAGUUUAACGCUAUCGACGAACAGGUGAAAGGUCUUCUCAACGAUGAGAAAUUCCCAGAAGGUCGAAAAGACGCGCCGAAGGUACCCGAGAAGCCCAGAUACAUGCCGUUCAGCUCCGUGAUCAGUAAUAAAACACAUCCUGGAGUAGUAGUUUAACCGUAGCAGUAGCUCUCUCUGUCUCUUAUCAUUUUGACAUUGCAGCCUUGCGAGCCCAUUGGAGCGCAAGCCUGCUAGUUGAUUGUCCGCGCGACCGACGGAUUCGUUCCGUUAGACACCGUCCCUCCAGUAUACCCAGUUUGCGCUACAUCCUGAGGAGACUCGCGAGUAGAAGAAUCGUAUGACUGGUACAUUGUAUUAUAUUAAUACAGCUAAUGUAAGCAGAUACAAAAGCAUCACAGUGAAAGAUUAAAUUCGUUAUAUAUAUAUACUAUAUUGUA